ACGAUAAGUCCGCGGUGACACUGCUCAGCUGUUCGCCCUUCCAUUCGAAACUAAAAAGUCAACAGGUUCGCUGUGCAAAUCAAAUAAGUGGAAAAACAUGGCAAAAGAGAUUUCAUUGGCUACAGUCAAGAAGCACAACAAGGCAGAAGAUCUCUGGAUUGUUAUCGAAAAUAAAGUCUAUGACGUCACCAAGUUUCGGCUCGAGCAUCCCGGUGGUGAGGACUCGCUCGUAGAUGUGGCUGGUCGUGAUGGGACCAAGGAGUUCAUCGACGUGGGCCACAGCCUAGAGGCCAGGGAGAUUAUGAAGAAGUUUUAUAUUGGCGAUUUGGCGGCCGCUGAUAUCAAAAAGAACAGCCCAAUUAGAAAACCCUAAUUCUAUAAAGGAUCAAGUACCGCAUUCCCGAUUCCAAUAGAAUUAUGGUCAUCAUCUUUCCCCUAUCAUCGCUAUUCUCCUUGCAUGACUCAGUCCACUACCGAAUGCCAUGUCUUUGACAUAUAAUCAAUAGUCUAUUACGCAUAUCCCCUAACCAAAUUUUUGUGUAACGCAUUCUUUGGCCUCCAUCAGCGAAAUUUUUCAGGCAUGAAAUUAUACUGACUGACAGCACUUUCUUUCUUACGAAUUUUUCUUAUUACGUACGUUUGUGUAGCCCAUCCUUUGGUAUAGUCCAGACUGAUACCAAUCCUUCUUGCCACAUAUGUAACAUAUACGAAAGGACGCUUUAGGACUUGGGAAACGUUACUAUAACUUAAGUGGCAUAUUUGAAACUGAUAUUUGAAUUAUAAUCGUUUUUUAUUUGUGUAUUCUAUACUACCUACCCCUAUACUACCUAUAUAUUAGAUUUUGACCUGAAAUGCACUUGUAAAGUAGUUGGUUUUACAAUUAUCACACAUUUGAUAACAAAUCGCUUACCUCUUUCCCAAAGCUUUAAGUCAUUCUCAAGCUCCAAAGUCAAGUUCUACAAAUGCUAACAAGCUAUACCAUAUUAAAGAGGUACCUGUAAGUUUUGUAUAUAUGUGGCACUAAAUUAUAGCACGAAAAACCACUCGAAAAAUGUAUGCUCAUGGUUCACUAACA